ACGUCACUGCCACUACUUCUAACCCUCUUGUAUUUACCGACCUUCUUAGCUCUCGACAUCGUCAAUGCGUCCAUAUUCUGGGUUCUAGUACAUUUGAAUGCGCGAGGCAAGAUCUCACUGCUACUAGGAGCAUUCAGAACCAGUGUUAGUCUCCUCAUUGUAGGUGCUUCAUCGGUACAGAUUGCCUUUUACUUGGAGACGGGUGGAGAGAUCAAAUGGGGUGCAGCAAGCAACUUUACUCACGAUCCGGCAGCUCUCAAACUCCUCCUAUCGGGCGGUUCGCAAGCCCUGUUGGUAGCAUUGUUCAUCCUCGUGGUCUCUCGAGUCAUUGCUGCAUCUCUUUAUAAAAGGACCGAGACUCUGGUUUAUAAUCUGGCUAGGACAUUCCCCAUUUUACCUUUCAAAUCGUUGCAAGGCGCAGAGGAGCAAAUCGACAACAAGAAUGAACUCGAAACACAAAUAUACUCGGACACGCUUUCCGAAGAUGAUAUCGAAGUCCUAUCUAGCGACCGAGGGGAUCUUGAGGCCACAGCUGUGCCUGCAAAAAGGAAUCGAGCUACGAAUCUCUCCUUGUGGUUCCGUCGAGUUUUGUUUCUUACACCCGUCGUGGGCAUUUCCAUCCUCCUAGCUGUGAGGCCGCAUCAUUUUCCCUUUGCACACAUGUCUGGCUCCAUUCCAUUCACUCUCUUAGAAGCAAUGAGUCCUUACUCUCAAGACUUGUGUCAAGCUGGCUCACGCGAUUUUGUUGCUUUCCCCUUGCCAGAUCUGAUCUCUACCAGUAAUUGGGAGGCACCGCAUGGGGAAUUUGUGGGAUGGAUGCCAAGGGUCAACGCUUCUGUCGAAGAGAAAGGCCAUCGAAACCUACGACUUCCUUCAUGGCUACCUCGGGAACAACUCAAGGGAUUCGGUCGCUGGUACCACAACUUAAUUGGUCAAGUUGUAGUCUCAGAUCAGGCGCAGAAUGAAUCGGUAGAGGAUGGUGCCUCGUCAAAGAACAAUGCUGAGAAGACUUACGAGGAUAUCAACUACGACCCAGUGCAAGACCCUUUGCGUAUAUCAAAUCUCGAUGGAGACGUAUUCCUGUCAAUUACCGAAGCCAUAAAAAAGAAUAAAGUCAACAUCAAACACGUCGUUAUCCUUUCUUUAGAAUCGACACGAAAAGAUGUCUUCCCCCUGAAGAAAAACUCACAUCUUCAUGAUGCUAUUAUGAAAUCCCAUGGAUCAGCAAAGUCCGCUCCGGAGGCCUCUUCUAAUCUUGCUAAAUUGACCGCCAAUGCAGAAUUUCUCACCGGCGAAGAUAGCGGAUAUGACGUACGAGAGGAAUAUCAGUCUCCCUUGAAUCGGACCUGGAGGGGUCUCAGUAAGGAGAAGGGCGGGCUUAAUGUUAUUGGUGCAUUUACUGGAAGCACAUCGACGUUUAAGAGUAUGCUCGGAAGCCACUGUGGCGUGCAACCUCUCCCAGUUGACUUCACGGUAGAGGCUGGUGACGAGAUCUAUCAACCCUGUCUCCCAUCGAUCCUGCAGCUUUUCAACCACAAUAAAAAUGCCUCUGUUGAACGCAGGCAUAAAGAGACGAGUAGUGAAAAAGAUUUCAGGUCUCAGCCAUGGCGGUCUGUGUUUGUUCAAUCCAUUACUGAUCAGUAUGAUCGACAAGAAGAGCUCAAUGAAAAUAUGGGGUUCACUCAAGUGAUUACCAAGGAGACUCUACUCGAUCCGACUUCGAAACACUACCCCCCAACCGAGAAAGAGUCAAACUACUUUGGAUUCCCCGAAACACAAGUCAAGCCGUACCUGCGGGAUAUAUUCCAGCAGUCUCAAGAACAGAAUGAGCGUCUUUUCCUGUCUCAUUUUACAAGCUCUACCCACCACCCUUGGAAUACCCCAGGAGCUGAAGCAUCUGUCGAUUACUUGAAAAGAGUAUGGAGCGCCGAGCAUCCACUUAAUAGAUAUCUCAACACGAUCAAGUAUGUGGAUGGAUGGAUUGGUGAGGUGAUGGAUAUGAUAGACGAGUUUAAUAUGGCUGAGGAGACUUUGGUUGUCAUGAUUGGUGAUCAUGGUUACGCAUUCGAGGAAGAUUCAAAAGAGCACUCUACUUUCGAAAACGGUCAUAUCUCUAACAUGCGCGUUCCUCUCGUCUUCUACCACCCUUCACUCCCCCGCAUCCAAUUAGCAAUCAACGCCACCUCCCUCUCUAUAAUCCCCACCGUCCUCGAUCUCCUCGUCGCCACAUCCUCACUCGACGCCAAAGACCUCCACGCCGCCUCGAGUCUCACGCAUCAAUACGAAGGCCAGUCCUUGAUCCGCCCCUUCGUGCCCGCGCGCCACGGACGCCAGCAAUGGAACAUCGGCGUGCUGAAUGCCGGCGGCGGUUUCCUUUCCGUAUCCUCCGCCGCCGUUCCCUUCCGCCUCGUGCUCCCGGUUUGCAAGUCCGGCGUCUACAGGUUCACCGAUACAGACCGCGAUCCCAACGAACUUUUUUCGAUAGAGGAGAAUUCUAUCGCUGCGUUGGCUCAGACGCUUGCACGGAAAUAUGGCGUUGAUGAGUCGGAAUGGGUGCAAGAAGCGGAGAUGGUGGGGAAGUGGUGGGUGGGGGAGCAGAGACGGAGGUGGAGGUAUGAUGGGGCGAGCUUGCAGGAGGAUCGGAAGCCAGCGGAGAUGGAGGAUAUGGGGAAGACGAGGGGGAAGCAUUGGUGGGAGACAUGA